GGAAAGUAAAAAAAACCUGAUCUUCUUAGGUAUUAAAACUUCUGAAAGAGGAAUUUCAACAAAUAGGAGUAUGCAUGGUCCUUGAUGGAAAUGAUUUUUUUUAUAAAAUUGAAUUCAAUCAUGCACCUUCAUAGAUAAAUGCAUUCCUUUUCAUUGUCGGCCUGGCAUUGAAACCUGGAACUGAUGUGACAGCUGUGGAACAAUAUGUGGAUCAUGCUGAUAUGGUGCUUAUCAUGACAGUCGAACCAGGUUUUGGAGGCCAGAAAUUCAUGACUGACAUGAUGAAUAAAGUACGAUGGCUCAGGCAGCAAUACCCUGAAUUGGACAUAGAAGUUGAUGGAGGAGUUGGUCCAGCUACAAUAGCAGCUUGUGCUGAGGCUGGUGCUAAUAUGAUUGUGUCUGGUACAGCAGUUAUUGGAGCUAAAGAUCCAAAAGCAGUGAUUUCCCAAAUGAGGGAUACAGUUAAUAGCUCUCUCCAGCAAUUACAAAAUAAAAGUUCUUGAAUUAUGUGGUAAAUAUAAAAUUGUAUAACAGCAUUCCAUUUGUUAAGAUAUGCACUCAAAGAAAUAUAUUUUUAUGGUA